GUUGAGACGUGUCCCACAUCGUCUGAGACCGCCAGUCAGUGCGGGUAGGCUUGGGGUUUACAGACAGUCUUAACUACAGGUCCAGAAGAGUUCAGCGAGUUUAUAGCAUCGAAGUGUCAAGUCCAUUUUGAUUUUAUUCAGUGGGUUGGUGGGGACACCACAAGGGUCUAGGCAAUUUGGUCGACCCCGGACACCUUUUCCAAUGAGCGUAAAGCAUUUUUAUCUCCUCGUCCUCUUGUCCGGACUGGCAGCUUCAGGCUUGUUACCGGUCAGUGGGCUGAGGGUGGAAACGUCGGGGGAGGUGGAGGCAGUGAACGGUACAGAUGUGUGGCUGAAAUGUACCUUCCAGAGCAGCUCGCCCAUCACCCCAGCAACGCUCACGGUCUCAUGGAGCUUCCGACCCAUCGGACCUGGCCGUGAGGAGUCAGUGUUCUAUUACCAUGAGAGGCCUUACCCUCCCCCGGACGGGCGUUUCCAUAAGCGGGCGAUAUGGGCAGGUGACAUCAUGGGGCGGGACGCCUCCAURGUGGUACGUAAGGUCAAGUUCACUUACAAUGGGACAUUCAGCUGUCAGGUGAAGAACCCUCCGGACGUCCAUGGCAACGCAGGGGAGGUGAAACUAACCGUGGUCACCACAGCCUCCUUCUCUGAGAUUAUCAUGCUGGCUGCAGCCAUCGGGGGCGCCAUCGUGCUGAUGGUCAUCUCCCUCGUCAUCAUCAUGUCAAUAAGACGAUGUCGCGAGAAGAGACAGGAGGAAGAGGGGGCGGAGGAACUACCUCGCAGACAGAGAAAGGACCCUACCGUGUGCCACCCUGCAAGGGCCAUCCACCUGUAUAUGGACGAUGACGUGCUAGAGGUUGACAGCUCGGACGGUAUGAUCUCUGAGGCCAGCACCAAGGACCCCAGUUCCUCUGAGGAAGACGACAAGAGCUCUGACUACGGCGGUGGCGAUGACUCUGACUGAGAUGGGGACACUGAAUGUUGGUUUUAUUUUAGGCGUUACCUCUAUGUGCUUGUGGUAAAACUUAAUCCAUAGUUAUUUUUUUUAAACUAUUGAUCCUCCGUGGCUAAAUUAUGCUCUGUGGUGUAUUUAGAAAAUUGAUAGUGGGCUCCUGUGGUUGGAUAAAAUAUAUAGAGUAUAUAUACACUACCGUUCAAAAGUUUGGGGUCACUUAGAAAUGURCUUG